GCCGACUCCGGAUCCGUCUUUGACAGCCUACUGUAAGGGCGCAGAAAAGCGAAACCUGAAAACAUGUCGGUCUUCUCGUGACUAUAGGUUGUAUUUUCCGUAUUUCCAGCAUGACAGUGAGCGUUAUAACCCUCUGAUUGUGUGAUUCUGUAGAAGGCUCCACACAUCGCAUUACGGUGAGAUGGAGACUCUGAUCCCCAUCAUUAACAGACUGCAGGAGGUUUUCCUCACAGUCGGAGCCGAGAUCAUCCAGCUUCCUCAGAUCGUAGUCGUGGGCUCACAGAGCAGUGGAAAGAGUUCAGUGUUGGAGAGUUUGGUUGGACGAGACUUUCUUCCCCGAGGUUCAGGAAUAGUGACUCGGCGUCCUCUAGUGCUGCAGCUGGUGAACGUGCCUCCGCUGGAGGAGAGGCGCAGACAACACAGUGGCAAUGGAGAUAAACACAACAGCCAGAAUAAUUAUCCAGGUAUCAAAGCAGAAGAAUGGGGCACCUUCCUUCACUGCAAAAACCAGAUUUUCACAGAUUUCUGUGAAAUCCGGAAAGAGAUCGAGGAGGAAACAGAUCGAAGUACCAAUAAUAAGGGCAUCAGUCCAGAGCCCAUUAACCUGAAGAUAUACUCCCCUAACGUUCUCAGUCUGACGUUAGUUGACUUGCCUGGCAUCACUAAGGUCCCUGUUGGUGACCAGCCUGAAGAUAUCGAGACUCAAGUCCAGGAGAUGAUUCUGUCCUACAUCUCCAACCCCAACUCCCUCAUCCUGUGCGUCUCGCCUGCGAACUCUGACCUCGCCACAUCGGAUGCCCUUAAACUGGCACGAGAGGUGGACCCAGAUGGUCGCAGGACGCUGCUGGUGGUGAGUAAGCUGGAUCUGAUGGAUGCGGGGACAGACGCUCUGGAGGUGCUGCUGGGCCGGAUCAUACCCGUCAGACUGGGCAUCAUCGGUGUGGUUAACAGGAGCCAACAUGACUUGAACACCCAAAAGAGUGUCGCAGACUCCUGCAAAGACGAGCAGGUGUUCCUGCAGCGCUAUUACCCAUCGUUAGCCUCCCGCUGUGGCUCGCGGUACCUGGCUCGCACCCUGAGCCGACUGCUCAUGCAUCACAUCAGAGACUGUCUCCCAGAGCUCAAGACGCGAGUCACAGUGCUCACGGCGCAGUACCAGUCCCGACUCAACAGCUACGGCCAGCCAGUGGAAGACCAGAGCGCCACCUUGCUGCAGAUCGUCACUAAGUUUGCCACCGACUACUGCAACACCAUCGAAGGCACUGCCAGACACAUCCAGACCUCUGAAUUGUGUGGAGGAGCUCGUAUCUGUUAUAUAUUCCACGAGACGUUUGGAAGAACCCUGCAGUCUAUUGACCCACUUGGAGGACUCAAUGAGCUAGACGUUCUCACAGCUAUUCGAAACGCUACGGGUCCUCGGCCGGCGCUGUUUGUUCCUGAGGUCAGUUUUGAGCUGCUGGUGAAGAAACAGAUCAAGAGACUGGAGGAGCCCAGCCUGCGCUGUGUGGAGCUCGUACACGAGGAACUUCAGAGAAUCAUCCAGCACUGCUCUGCCUACAGCACACAGGAGCUCUUGCGGUUUCCCAAACUGCAUGACUCGAUUGUGGAGGUGGUUACCAGCUUACUCAGGAAACGCCUGCCCAUAACCAAUGAGAUGGUUCAUAAUCUAGUUGCAAUCGAGUUGGCCUACAUAAACACCAAACAUCCUGAUUUCACAGACGCUGCCCAAGUGUCUGCAUCUGUCAACAGCCAGCAGGCGGAGGCUGGGGAUGCAGGUAAGCGAUGGAAGAAUGAGAAGAUGCCUUCAGAGGACAAAGGCCCAGUGCCAGGAUUUGGGAGUCCCACUAAAGCCAUCAACCUGCUGGACACGGCCGUGCCAGUAUCCCGCAAGCUGAGCACUCGAGAGCAGAGGGACUGUGAGGUCAUCCAGCGGCUCAUCAAGUGCUACUUCCUGAUCGUGCGCAAGAGCAUCCAGGACAGUGUGCCAAAGACGGUGAUGCACUUCCUGGUGAAUUUUGUGAAGGAGCAUUUGCAGAGCGAGCUGGUGGGUCAGCUCUACAAACAGCCUCUGCUGCAGGAGCUGCUCAUCGAGUCUCAGGAAACUGCUCAGCAGCGCACAGAGGUUGCACAGAUGCUGGAGGCGCUCAAGAAAGCCAGUAACAUUAUUUCAGAGAUACGGGAGACUCAACUUUGGUAGCUCAACGUUCUCAUGAACAUUCUGUCCAGGAAAGUGUUUACAUGUUUGUGCGUGCUUGUAUAUGUGUGAGUGUAUGACAUACAGUUCAAAUACAUCAUCUGAAGAAGAAAUUCAAUGCCUCUGCCAGCAUGAACAUUCAACAAAACGUGUACAGUUUUCCAAAUAGCCCUUAUUUCUUCUGUAUAUGCACUGAUUCCAUAACUGAGUGUUUGACAGAGGUCAAAAGUGUGAGUGCGUUUGUACUCAGUAGUGAACAUAUCAAGUCUACGUCGUUAUCUUCAAUAUUAUAAAUGCUUCGUAAUGGUUUUUCGCCAUUAUGAUAAAUCCUCUUUCAUUUAGUGUUAUAAGAAUUAAGUAAUGUCUCAAAUGCUCCUUAAAGCAUCCUAAGAACAAUUGAGCUCUGAUACGCUCACCUGACUGAAAACAGACAAUGAACGUGGUAAUUUUUUCAUCAUUUACUCAGCAUGUCAUUCCAAACUGUGAAAAAUAAUUGUUUCAUUCAGUGAAAACUUUAAGUUUCAAGCUCUGAAAUGGACUGAAAGCAACAUAAAUGUUACAUAAAUCAUCAUAAAAGUAGCUAAUGUGACUCGUUUAAUGUGAGGAACAGACUGAAAAUUUGUAAUUUACUGAAUAUAGAUGUGGAAUGACAUGACAAUGAGUAAUGGACAGAUUUAACAGUAAGUAUAAAAAACAAACACACAAUUAAAAUAUGCCCCAUUUAUUAGAUUGGGUUGAAUUUGUCCAUGUUGGCACAGUUAUAUGUUACAUAUAAGCUUAGGUUAUCACAAAAGCAGUGCUAAUAUUUGAUAAUGUGAAUGAAACUCAAAUAUGAUGUUACAUUUAGAAUAAAUUAUGAUUUAACCCGUGACUGGUGUCUAGAAGUGUGGAAAUAAAUAGUAGUUCAGCGUGAAGAGCCACAGAACAAACACUUCAAACCGUGCUUGACUUGACUGCCAUGUAAUAUUUAUGCUUGUAUGAAUAUUUAUUGUGAGAGUGAGCACAGCUGUGUCAAAGAAGGUCAAAUGAGGAAGAACAAACUAAGAUAUGAAAACACUGGCUGUUUGAAGCAUUGAACACCAAGAAUGAAUAGUGUUCAGUCAGUGUCAAACAAAAACAGUGCAAAAUGAAUGCCCAGCACAAAUGUGGGCUGUGGGGCUUUAGAGGAGUUGGUAGUUAUUGUAUUGCCUGCUAAAACCAAUAUUAAUUUGUGUGGGUGUUUAUGUUGGGAGCAGUGUUGCAUAUUUUUUUAAUUUAUUGCUUGUGAUGGGGGACACAUUAUGCUUCAAACAUUAUAAAUCUCUACCAAACAAUCAAUCAUAAAUAAUAGACAUGUCAGGAAGACUGAGAGAGGGGGAAAUAAAAUCAACUUAAGCAUAUUUAUAUACAUUGCCAAAUAGCUGAAAGUUAAUAAGCAUGCAUUUCUCGUUGACCUCAAUCUUUAGACUGUUACAUUGAGUCCUGCCUCAUAUUUUAAUUUUUUAGAUAUAUUUCAGUUAAGAUGUACUGUAGAGGUGUUGUAAAUAUCAAGAGGUGUAAGCAGUUUACUCAUUAUUCUGCUGGACUGAAGUAGGAUCUGUAGAAACACUUCAGAGGUUGAUGGGUUUUAAUGAGCCCCGUUGCCGUCUCGGCACUAACAACAUGAUGUAUGUUUCCUGAAGCUUAAAAAAUCUGCACUGCAAUCUGAUCCUAAAGAGUCUCUAGCAUUUUUGUGAAUCUCAUGGAACCUGUCAAUAACAUGUUUAGGUCAUAUCCUGCACUAAAAUUAAAUGAAACUUAUGAAAAUCUUAUUUAGAAACAAUUAGAUUUAGAUUUUGCACUGUAACAAUUGUCUUCACAAUUGAGUACAGAAAUUCCUCAGAUUGGAUCUCAUUACCACAACACAAACAUUCACAUUAAUGUAAAAACUAAUCUUAUUCUCAUUACCGUAAAGCAAGAUAAAACCUGUCAUUCUCAUUACCAUAACAAAAUGUCUUACUCUCAUUAACACAAUACUGCAAAAUUUUAAAUUCUAUUUACAUUAAUAUAAGAAAAAGAAAUAUCUUAUUCCCAUUACCAUAACAUAAGAAAAAACAAAUUCUCAUUACCAUACAAACUUUUUUACUCCCAUUGCAUUCACAUUAAUGUAAGAAAAAAUCUCUUAUUGUCAAUUUUUUUUUACUUAUUACAAUUAUGUUGAUUGUUUUACUCUAAAUGUAUACUCUAUUUUAAAAAAUUCUUAUUAUUACAUGAUUGAUAAAUGGGUCAAUACGAUACAUUUUUCUAUUUCUGAUACAGUACAUUUUUGCUACAUUAACAAAAUGCUGUUUUAAUAAAAUCACCAUACAUUUAAACCACCCUACCUUGAACUCAUAUAAAUUCUUUACAAUUAAAAUUUCACGUUACAGAAAUGCUUUUUGGGGGCAAAUGUGCUUAAUUGCCAUGCUUUAGUCCAAAAUAGGCUUAAUUUUCUUUAAUCAGAAUUUAAAUUCUAAUUUCUUUAUGGAUUUGGUGGUGAAAUAUGAGCAGGAUAGGUUAUAAAACACUGUUAAUCGCUGUCCAGUCCAAAGUGACGUCUCCACUACCUGUGUGUUUAGCAUUCUUUCAUAGUCUAUAAGUGUGCUUAAAGAAAAGUGUAUUUUAACUGUGUAACUCAUUUAGCUUUCCUGUUGAGCAUGUGCCUGCAUUCAUAUGUGUGUGUGGAAAAAAGUAAUUGUACAUGUGGGAGUUCGCUGUGAAUCAUUUUAAAUAACUUGCCAUUUCUUGACAGAUGCCUGUAAGCGCCUGCCUGCCAUUUUAUUUUUGUGAUACAUGUUGAUGUGCCGUUCACUCUUCAGAACUUCAUUAAAAUUAAAUGAAAAGCUC